UUCGUUGUUUAUUUACUUCGCAGCUGAUCGUCAAUUUCCAUAUUUAUUUUUUGCAGAGAAAUUUCGGUCAAGUGCUUUGGCAGAUUUUCAAACCCAAGUUUUCAAAUAGGGGAAAUGCUGUUGUUACGUCGGCUGCAGCCUGCACUGCGUACCACGAAUAUUCGCUUGUAUGCCAAGAAAUCAGUAAAACAAAAUAAAAUGAGUAGCAUUUUGUCAGGAGCAGGUAAUGACAAACAAGUGCAUCAGGAAACCUUGCGCUAUAUAUACCCUUUCCCGCGAAUAAAUAUUCGUACCGAUAUUUAUUUGCGUGUUAAAUCUGCCGAUGUAGUCGAAUAUCCGGACGCAAAUGUGCUUAUCGCAGAGUUACAUGGUGGUCAUGCCAGGAAUUGUCCGGUGACGAUGCAAGUGGAUGUCAGUGAAGAUGAACGUUUAGUAAAUAUUGUGGUAAAGAAGUUAGGGGACACUUCAGAUUUUUAUUGUAACCUGGAGGUUCCUAUUCGAUCCGAUCUCAAUGUUGAGGCCAGCGAUAGUGUAAAAGUGCAGAAUAUCUUCAGCUCGGAGGUAACGGUGCGAGCUCAAAAAAACAUAGAAACCAAGGAAAUUCGAGCCGAUAAUGUGACAUUAGAUAGCGCUGCUGGAAAUAUCACAUGCAAAGGUAUGCUCUUAGGAAAAAUAACUAAAGUGGAAACCAAACAAUUAGGGAAUAUUUCGUUCGACAAGUUGCAGGGUGAUCAGUUAAAUUGUAAGACAGAUGCGGGCAGUAUAUCCACGAGCUCUUGCUACGUGGAAGAGUCGAAAUUUGAAACCAAUUCCGGCUCCCUACAGCUAAGAAAUGUUCACAAAAAAACGGAAGUUGACGUGCAUAAGGGAGGAGAACUGAUUAUGACUGGAGUACAUGGUAAUCUUACGGUGCGAGCGAAUGGUGGAAAAUUAACUCUGCAACUUUCCGAAUUGACAGGGGAGAAUGUUGUUAAAGCAAAAGAAAUAGAACACGCCGUUAUAAAUAUUUCUGAUCGCAUUGAAGAACAUUCUAACAUUGAGGUAACAUCCCGCGCCGUGAUAUUAGAUGAUACACUAUCGCAUCUGCAAGAUGGCAUCGGCAACAACAAUACUUUAUUUCGUAAUUCGAAAACUGCAGAUGCUCAAAGUAUUUUAAUUGUAAGCAGUAGUGGCGCAGUUAAACUUGGAAAAUUGUCCUGGAUGGAAUCUUUGCGAGAACAACUAAAUACAUCCGCAAACAAGUGAAUAACUUGUAAUCGGAAAUGCUUAUGAACUCUCCAUUACAGCGUUGCGUCUUGACAAACAUAUUAGUAUGUGUGUAUAUUAAUAGCUUGCAAUCCGCUUACAUAUAUGGAUACAUUUCAGGCACUAAAAAAUCGAAGUUUCCAAUUAAAAAAUGUUUAAAUUUUAA